AAUGACGCAUGAGUGUUAGACUGUUUUCUUGUCUCCUCUCUCUCCAGGUUCUUCCUCAAGUUCUUCCUGAAGUGCAACCAGAACUGUCUGAAGAACGCAGGGAACCCACGAGACAUGAGGCGCUUUCAGGUGGUCGUGUCUACCACGGUGAGUGUGGACGGUCAUGUCCUCUCUGUCUCUGACAACAUCUUUGUCCACAACAACUCUAAACACGGUCGCCGGGCCAGGAGAUUAGACCCCUCAGAAGGACCACCCUCGUACCUGGAGCAUGCCACCCCCUGUAUCAAGGCGAUCAGCCCCAGUGAGGGCUGGACAACAGGCGGGGCCACAGUCAUUAUCAUAGGAGAAAACUUCUUUGAUGGACUCCAGGUCAUAUUUGGUACCAUGCUAGUCUGGAGUGAGCUGAUCACAGCCCACGCCAUCCGGGUGCAGACUCCCCCCAGACACAUCCCCGGGGUCGUAGAGGUCACGCUGUCAUACAAGUCGAAACAGUUCUGCAAGGGCACACCCGGAUGCUACAUAUACACAGCGUUGAAUGAGCCCACUAUAGAUUACGGCUUCCAGAGGUUACAGAAAGUCAUCCCCAGACAUCCAGGAGACCAGGAGAGACUGCCUAAGGAAGUCAUUCUAAAGAGAGCGGCAGACUUGGUAGAAGCGCUCUACGGGAUGCCACACAAUAACCAGGACAUGAUUUUGAAGCGGGCAGCUGACAUGGCAGAGGUGUUGUAUACGACGGUGCCACGCGGCCACAACCAGCUGUUAGGCAGCGGCUCCGUCCACGCCAGCAUGAUGGCCGUCAACUCCUUCCCCGGGUCAGAAGUCACACAGACAGCCAAUCAGGGUUACAGUAGGAGUAGCAGCAGUGCAUCUCCUCAUGGUUAUGUCCCCAGCACCACUCCACAGCAGACCAGCUACAGCUCUGUUUCCACUAGCAUGAAUGGCUACACUGACUCUGGCAUGACCACGCUAGGAACCUCACCCAACUUCCUCAACGGGUCAGCCGCCAACUCACCCUACGCUAUCGUUCCCUCCAGUCCCAUCAUGGCCUCCACCACCAAUCUUCCCUCUAAUUGCAGUAGUUCUUCGGGCAUCUUCUCCUUCUCUCCAGCCAACAUGGUGUCUGCUGCGGUCAAACAGAAGAGCGCCUUCGCCCCCGUCGUACGGCCGCAGACCUCCCCUCCACUCACCUGCACCAGCACUAUUGCUAACGGACUGCAAGUAGAUCAGUCUUUUGUGGACUCCCCCUCCAGCUCUCUUCAGGGUCUGGCCUUCUCCUGAAGUAUGUUAGCUCUCUCUCUCUCUCUCUCUUCAUGUAAUCACCCAUCAAUCCUUCUCCUGAAGUAUGUUAGCUCUCUCUCUCUCUCUCUUCAUGUAAUCACCCAUCAAUCCUUCUCCUGAAGUAUGUUAGCUCUCUCUCUCUCUCUCUUCAUGUAAUCACCCAUCAAUCCUUCUCCUGAAGUAUGUUAGCUCUCUCUCUCUCUCUCUUCAUGUAAUCACCCAUCAAUCCUUCUCCUGAAGUAUGUUAGCUCUCUCUCUCUCUCUCUUCAUGUAAUCACCCAUCAACCCUUCUCCUGAAGUAUGUUAGCUCUCUCUCUCUCUCUCUCUCUCUUCAUGUAAUCACCCAUCAACCCUUCUCCUGAAGUAUGUUAGCUCUCUCUCUCUCUCUCUCUCUCUCUCUUCAUGUAAUCACCCAUCAAUCCUUCUCCUGAAGUAUGU